AACAAAAAGCUUAUAACCAUGGAAAUUCGAUUCACGAUUUGACCAUUUCGUCUCAUUUCACGAAUCCUUACGCAAAGCAUCCUCUCCCUCUUCCUCUGAGAUGUGGAGUUACGUCUUGUUACCGUUCGUACUAUCCUUGUGUAAAGAUAUUACCAUAAUGGCCAAGGCCACCGAUUCGCCUGCGGCGAUUUUCCUUCCUAGUCAAACCGGAGCUAACGAUUCACGCGUCUUUGAUUCUCCGAUUUCUGUAUGCUCCGCGCCGGAUCCGAACCUGAACUACAAGCCGGUUAUCGGGAUUCUAAGCCAUCCUGGCGACGGCGCGUCGGGUCGUUUGAACAAUGCUACUAACGCGUCGUACAUCGCUGCUUCGUAUGUGAAAUUGGCUGAAGCUGGUGGAGCACGCGUGAUCCCUCUCAUCUAUAACGAACCCGAAGAAUUUCUCUUUCAGAAGCUUGAUUUGGUCAACGGUGUGAUAUUCACUGGUGGUUGGGCUAAACAAGGAUUGUAUUAUGAUAUCGUCAAAAAAAUCUUCAAUAAAGCUUUGGAAAGAAAUGAUGCUGGAGAGCACUUUCCCGUAUAUGCCAUUUGCCUAGGAUUCGAGCUCCUGACAAUGAUUAUAAGUCAGAACACAGACAUUCUUGAAAAGGUUGAUGCAAAGAAUUCUGCAUCAAGUCUCCAGUUCGUUGAAAAUGUUAGCACCGAAGGCACCGUUUUUCAAAGAUUUCCCCCAGAGUUAUUGAAGAAACUCAGUACAGACUGUUUGGUUAUGCAGAAUCAUCAGUUUGGUAUCUCGCCAGACAGCUUUGAAGGCAAUAUUGCUCUGUCUCGUUUCUUUAAAAUCGUCACAACAUGCACUGAUGACAACAGUAAGGCUUAUGUUUCAACUGUUCAAUCAAAAAAAUAUCCGGUGACAGGCUUCCAGUGGCAUCCUGAGAAAAAUGCAUUUGAGUGGGGAUUAUCCAGAAUUCCACACUCUGAGGACGCGAUCCAGGUGACUCAGCUCGCUGCAAAUCAUCUAGUCAGUGAAGCUAGGAAGUCACUAAACAGACCAUCUCCCAAGGAAGUGCUGAGCAAUCUCAUUUAUAACUACAAGCCUACGUACUGUGGAUACGAAGGGAGAGGUUACGACGAGGUUUACAUUUUUACACAACAACGAUCCCUUCUCUAAGAACAUCCUCUCGUGUGUUUAUUCGGUUGAACCAGUGAUGAUUCUUCAAUCUUCAACUCUGUUAGUAUAUGUGAAGCUUUUGUAACUCUGAUGAUGUGUAAUAUCUAUCUAUGGCUUGUAUUUGUGAAGUGUAUUUUUUACUCAUAGAAAUGUCAAAUAACAACUCUAUUUGUAAGUGUAUGUUGGGCUUUAUAUUGUACGUUUAAUACAUAAA